AGUGUCGAGGAAAAACCACUGAAAAUUACAAUCACCAUCAAUAUUACCGCAUAAGUUAAUUAUUUAAGUAAUAAUAUUAAUAAUUAUUUACAGUAAUUAUAUUUAAUUAACGUCAAUAAACAAAUUUACCAACGCCAGGCUUUAUUUACUAUUUAGAUAGACGUUCUCUGUAUUUUUUACGAUAUCAAGGUUACGUUAACCAUACGAACUGUGAUUGUCGUAAGAUAAAAAAACAAUGGGACUGACAGUGAGUAGUUUAUUCACUCGUUUGUUUGGCAAAAGACAAAUGAGAAUACUGAUGGUGGGAUUGGACGCUGCUGGUAAAACGACAAUUUUAUAUAAACUUAAACUCGGUGAAAUAGUAACGACGAUCCCGACAAUUGGUUUCAACGUCGAGACCGUCGAGUACAAGAACAUCUGUUUCACCGUCUGGGACGUUGGUGGCCAGACAAAAAUCCGUCCUCUUUGGAGGCACUACUUCCAGAACACACAGGGACUUAUUUACGUCGUGGACAGUAAUGACCGAGAGCGGAUCGCAGAGGCCGAGUGUGAGCUCAACAAUAUGCUCAAGGAAGACGAGCUCAGAGACGCGGUGCUGCUGGUCUUCGCCAACAAACAGGAUCUGCCGAACGCCAUGUCCGCCGCGGAACUGACUGACAAAUUAGGAUUGAAUUCAUUACGCGGCCGGCACUGGUACAUACAGAGCACUUGCGCUACCCAAGGCCAGGGCCUCUACGAGGGUCUCGACUGGCUCAGCAACGAACUCGCUAAAAAGUGAUAGGGUAUAGCCGCGAUAAAUCCGCGAGCCGACGCGGUCUCACAUCAUAAUUUAAUGUAAAUCGUAAAAUAAUGUAAUUAAUUAUUAUUAAGGGCUGAUAAAAAAAAACAAUAACAAUAAUAAUUACUAUUAAAUUUGUCAUUAAAUUUUUUAUCUGCUGUAUUCUAAUAGAUUUAUCAAUGACGACCAAAGAUAACGAUCUGGUCGCGCAUUUUUCAUUAUUAUUAUUACUACUAUUAAUUAUUAAUAAAUAAAUAAAAUAUAAAAGUAAU